CAGUCUGCUUCUGACUGUUGCGCGGAUUCCGCUUCCCUUAACGCUUGAUCAAGUCCGCAUGCAUAUAUAAAUACAUGUACAUGAAUAUAAAUAUUCGAAUGUAUUUAUAUGGAUAAAGAAACAAUUUUUUGAAAAAAAAGAACGCUCGUCGCUUACGCGAUUCGAUUUUUCUCUCAGGCCCCAUUGUCGCUUUGAAACUUCAGUCCAAACUUUCAUUUGUCCCCCCAUAAAUCAUUGGAGCUAUCGACAAGCAGCGACGAAACAAAGUCAUUUUUCGUGCCGGGGAAAAAAACACGGAGCCAGCGGUCCAUCCGGAGCUUCUCUCGUCCUGCUCAUCUUCAGAUCGAGUUUGCUGACUUCAGCACUGAGUACAGUACAGUGAUAGAAUGACUUGUGGUUCAAUCGCUCUUGUAGCAGUUUUGCUCGCAUCGAGCACGUUCGCCGAAGAAUUUCCGCUUAACGAUGCUCCAUCCGGAAAACAUUCACCGGUGGGAUUUGGGGCUGUCCAAGGAGCAAAGAGUCUCACGUCCUUGGAAAACGAGGAUUUCGUUAAAAGAGCCCCCAUGGGCUUUCAGGGAAUGCGAGGCAAAAAGGAUAUGAUCGAGAAUAGCGAGGACAAUUCUGUGGCCGAGGAGGAGUAUGAAAAACGUUCGCCGAUGGGCUUCCACGGAAUGAGAGGAAAGAAGGAUUUCCUGACGCCGGAUUUCGCGGACUCGUAUUUUAUCGACGAGUACUUGAAGCGAGCACCCAUGGGAUUUCAGGGCAUGAGAGGCAAGAAGGCGAUAACCGACGAGGAUUAUUACAAGCGAGCAGCAAUGGGAUUUCAGGGAAUGCGCGGGAAAAAGUCUUCUGAGUUUAUCUUCGACAAAAUCCCUCAUUACAUUGGCGACGGUUCAGGAAAAAGGACUAAUUUGUUGGAAUAUACUGACGAAUACGAGAAACGAGCACCGUCCAUGGGUUUUCAGGGGAUGCGAGGAAAACGUGAAGAGUUUGAGGACGAAUGGUCCAAGAGAGCGCCAAUGGGAUUCCAAGGGAUGAGAGGAAAGAAGAGUCUUUUGGCAGAGAUUAAUGAUCUUGAGAAAAAACGAGCGAUGAUGGGCUUUCAGGGCAUGAGAGGGAAGAAAAGUGAUCCGAGUGUUUAUUACAACGAGCUUAGGCCCGUACGAUCAAUCGAUUAUUCAGACCUGAAGAAAAAAACCUCUGAUUUGAAAAAUAAACGCUUGAACGUGGGCUUCUUUGCAUCAAGAGGCAAACGAAGCGAGCUCGACACGGACAAUUAUGCCAAGAUGUCUACUUACGAUUUACAAGACGUGUUGGCCGAUGAAAUUGCUGAAGAUCUGUUUUUACGAGAUCACUUCACCGAUAGAAUGAACGUUGCACCAUUACAAUUCUAUAAGAGAUCGGCUUACGGAUAUUCCGGUACGCGGGGUAAAAAAAUUCCCCGAUGGGAGAUACGCGGAAAAUUCGUUGGUGUCAGAGGAAAGAGGACAAAGACGAAUUACGAGGAUACCGGAAAUUCCCUCGAUCAUGUUCAUAGUAACAACGAGCGGGCCGGUCUCAAAACGAGCUUGACGACUAAUUCAGGUAUCCAGUAGUGCUGCAGUCGUCAAAAACUAUCCUUCUAACAGGUUUGAAUAUAGUAGUUAGUUGAGGAAUUGGUUAAAAAACUAAUGGAUUUGUGUGAAAAAAUAAUUGGAGAAGAACGCUGUCAGUCGAAACAGAAGAUACAGGAUAAACACCUAAAAUUUGGUUUUUUCGGUCGCUUAAUAAGAUGAAUCUUCGGAUAAUCGCGCUUCUAUUUUCGUGAGAAUCGAAACUUAGUCGAAGAACACCGAAUCCUUUAUAACAUAUCGUAGUAAAUACAUAAAUGUUUGUAUAUUCCUACACGAGACUCCAUUACGAAAGCCUACGACAGUAUUAUUCGCAAAUUAAUAAAAUGAAGAAAAAAAAAGAUGAAAGGAAACAAUAUCGCAUAUAUACGUCCUUCAUAUUCUUUUUCGUACUCGCAUUGCAAGUGGCAGCUAUAACAAAUGACGAAUAAGUAAUGAGAAAAAUGAAGAAAAAAAAGAACAAAAAAAAAAUCAAAAAACCCGAUGUUAGCGAGUUUGAAGUAGAAUGUUUAAUAUCAAAGCGAUAAGUAGGUAUUAUAUUUUUGUCUGAAUGUUAAUACGAUAGAAACAUACCUAUUCACGUAUCAGUGUACCUAAUUCGAAUCUUACCAAAGCUACAACUCCAAUAUCUAUUUUUUCAAUAGAACAACUUGUGUCGUACUCUAUUUAACUGAAUUUCGAUCACUGGUGCAAUUCAGCAAGUUUAAAAAUUUCAAUACACGCAUGUUCUAAUUUGUUCUAUUCAAAAGCGAUUAGUAGAAUUGAAGACACAAUAAAUUUGAAUUCAGUUUGCUGUGAGAUGAUCGGUACGUUUUGAAAAUUUAUUCCAAUGUUUCGCAGGUUUUUAUGUCAAAGUCAAAUGUUGAUUGAGAUAUUAAGUUCUAAUUUAUUCAUAUUUAGUUUAGUUUGUUUCGCGCCCGGUUUAUUCAAUUGACUGUUGACUGGAGUAUGAUCCGUGUAACUGUAGCAUUCGUGAUGAUAAUGAAACAAAACAAUGAGUACAAAGUAAUGUGAAGUCUGUAAAAUUUAUUUGACAUUUGAGUUGACCGCUCAACGGUGGAGAAAAAAAUGCUUGUACCAGUAUAAAUUCGUUGCAUUACAACUUAUGAUUGAAACUAUCAAUGGUGCUUGAUUAUAUAUGCAGUAAAACUAUUCGAAAACAAAAAACAAUGAUCGAACGAGAUAUGAUCCGAUGGAAAAAGUACAUGAACAAUCGCUGGUACGAUUUUAUCGUAUAAUCGAUAAUGAGAUAUGAAAGAAAGGGAUUGAAUGAAUCUAUAAAGCCCUUGAAGUCAAAUAGAAAAAUGUGUACGGCCGCAUACGGUGUGUGAUAAAAGGAGAGAAAGUGCGGUAAAGAAAGUAAAGAUUUAAUAUUUUUAUUUCGCACUUACGCAUAUUCGAGAGAUUUAUUGACCCGGAAAAAUGUCAUUCGACACGAACGAGAGAUAAAGAGAGAGAGAGAUAUUCGAGUGUAUAUAAAAGAAUAUAUAUAUAUUAACGAGAGGAGGGUUAAAGAGAACAGAACGUACGUUCAGAUGAAGAAUAAAGAGCUAACAACAACCAAAACAAUAAAAUAACAACAAAAUAAAUGAUUAUGUAUAUGUGUGUUAUCGAAAAGACUCAUAUUCGAUGUACUAUAUAUAGAUCCAAUAUAUGUCUGCGUACAAGUGAUCAAACACAUAUCAAUAAAGGCAGUUCAUUA